UGUGUGUCGAUCGGUGCUGGUUAGAAGAAGGAGGAGGAGGAGGAGGAGGGAGGUGGUAUCUCGUUCCCCCUCCAACAUCUCCUCCACUUUGCAUCUGUCCCUUGCAGUUUGAACAGCGUGCUGUUGUUGUUGUUUUUUUUAUUUAUUUAUUUGUUUUUUUCCCCCCCUUCGUUUUUUUUUUUUUUUCUUCCUCUCUCUCUCCUCCUUCCUUCCCUCCGCCGCCGCCGCCGCCAACCUCCCCCUUCGUCUUCUGCUCUGCUCCUCUACCCACUCGUUGAUUCAGAGUGAGGCGGAUACACGGCCAGCCAGAGAGCCCGGCUGUCCUGCCACCCUGGAGUUAAUCAAGUUGAUGCGUGCUGCCGCUGCUGCAGGUUAUGAGGACGGCAGGAUGGAGUUCCCCGACCACAGCAGACAUUUACUCCAGUGUCUGAGCGAGCAGCGGCACCAGGGCUUCCUGUGUGACUCCACGGUGCUGGUGGGCGAUGCCCAGUUCCGAGCCCACCGCGCCGUGCUGGCCUCCUGCAGCAUGUACUUCCACCUCUUCUACAAGGACCAGCUGGACAAGAGAGACGUGGUGCACCUCAACAGCGACAUCGUGACGGCGCCGGCCUUCUCCCUGCUCCUGGAGUUCAUGUACGAAGGCAAGCUGCAGUUCCAGGACCUUCCCGUGGAGGACGUGCUGGCGGCGGCCAGCUACCUGCACAUGUACGACAUCGUCAAGGUGUGUAAGAAGCGGCUGAAGCAGAAGGCCACGGCGGAGGCGGACAGCACGCGCAGAGAGGACGACGGCGGGUCCAGCUGCUCCGACAAGGCCGACAGCUUAUCAGAGGGCUCGACGGGUCGGCCCGCCACCGCCGAUCUGCUGCACAGCGAUGAAGAGGAGGAGGGGAAGGCGGAGGGGAGUCAGCUGUGGCUGAGGUUGCCGGCGGCGGACAGACCGGGGACGCCCGGCGGGGCAACGACCAGCCCCGGGCGCGGAGAGGCGGAGAGCCAGCCAGGCGAAGGCCUGGGGGAGGGAGGGAAGGUGCUCUCCCCCGCCGGCAGCCCCAGCAGCUCCACCGGCUCGCUCUCCCAGAGGUCCCACCGCUCCAUAAGCUCCCGCGCCGGCCACAGAGGCAGAAGGGUGUCGCACGACGCCGCCGACUGCGUCCUGGACCUGUCGGUGAAGCCCGUCGCCGUGAGCAACCACACCAACCACCAUCCGUCCUACUUCGGCGGCGCGGCCACACCGGACAGCCUGCAGAGCCCGCUGGCCGUGAGGGUGAAGGUGGAGCGAGGCGUAGCCUCCGACGAAGAGGAGGACCUGGGAGGAGGAGGCGACUACGACAUGGAGCACAGCGGCCUGAGUAAGAGCCAGGUGCCCAGCGCCAACGGAGGCCUGAGCCACCACGGGGUGGGGGGGCCGCUCUCGGCCCAGAGGAGGCUGGGUCUGGAGGCUCACCUGUCGGCGCUGCGGGAGGCGUCUCUGGCGUCGGAGCUGGAGCGGGACGAGAAGCCCCCGGCCUCGGCGGACGACGAGGACAUCCUGGGGGGGGAGAACGAGCGCGCCCAGGCCGAAGCGGCCAGCAUGGACAACUCGCUGCUGCCGUACGUCUCCAACAUGCUGUCGGCCCAGCACACCCAGAUCUUCAUGUGCCCGCUGUGCAACAAGGUGUUCCCCUCCCCCCACAUCCUGCAGCUCCACCUCAGCUCCCACUUCAGGGAGCAGGAGGGCAUCCGCUCCAAGCCCGCCGGGGACGUGAACGUGCCCACCUGCACCAUCUGCAGCAAAACGUUCUCCUGCAUGUACACGCUGAAGCGCCACGAGCGGACGCACUCGGGCGAGAAGCCCUACACCUGCACCACCUGCGGCAAGAGCUUCCAGUACUCUCACAACCUCAGCCGCCACGCGGUGGUGCACACGCGCGAGAAGCCGCACGCGUGCAAGUGGUGCGAGCGGCGCUUCACGCAGUCCGGGGACCUCUAUCGGCACAUCCGCAAGUUCCACUGCGAACUGGUGAACUCGCUGUCGGUGAAGAGCGAGCCGCUGGCGCUGCCCAACGUCAGGGACUGGGCCAUCGAGGACAGCUCCCAGGAACUAUGGAAGUAGAGUCAGGCCGUUUGGGUUGGAGCGGAGGGGAGAGGAAGAGGAGGGCAGAGGGGAGGCGGGAGGAAGGGGGCAGCCGUUUAGCCGGGGUUUAACUGAGUCAUGUUCUUGUUUGUUGCGACAUCUCAUUCAACCGCACUUUAAUAGCACAUGAAAAUGUUACUACUGACUUAUUUACUGUCUGUUUUAGUUUAUUGUGGAGUCCACUUAUGAUUCGGCGUUAGUUCUCUUCUGUUGGCGUUUUUUUUUAUUUUAUAUUGUUGCGUCUGAGGACACGGGUCCCUCCACGAGUGUCUUUCUUUUUUUUAAAUAUUUUUAAUUUUAGUUAUUUCUGGAAGAGUUUCUCCUGUCUCUGUCUGUGUUUCACCCCAGAGGCAACACUCCCGUCGCCGGCUCCGGUUCCACAGAACGCCGCGCUCUCCGCCGCAGGAGUUGGGCGUCGCACGCGCUCAAGUGAAAAAAGCGAAACCGAUACACUAAAAAAAAAAAAACGGGUACUGUGAGGGCCGCCGUGCACGCCGUGUCAUUCUGCACUACUCUGACAAAAAGGGAGGCAAACGAAACAAGAAACAUCACCUACCACAUGUGUGAGCGUGCGUGAGUGGCUUUUGUGUGUAUUAAAUGUGAUUUUUAUUUAAUUUUUUUUUUUUUCCUCCUGGCAUGAAGGUGUCGUUGGCGACUCCCCGCCUUCCCUCGUUAAGCUCGUUGGUGUUGUGUCGGUGCGUUGAGGGGAAAGCUGACUGACUAACUGAUGGCACUCAUGCAAUGCACAGCCUCCUUUUUUCACUUCCAAUCAAUCUGAAGUAUUUUCUAAAACUCCUUUACAAAUAUUAUUACUAUUAUAAUUAUUAUUAUUAUUAUUGAUUUUUUUUCUUUUUUUUUUUCUUGAAUCUAGCUGGCAGUCUUUAAAACAUCUCUUGCUGUAAAGGUAUUUAAUUUAAGGUUGUUGUAUAUUGUUCUGUUAUAGUUUAAAGACUUUAAUCCCUUAUGUUUUGUUUUUUAACUUAAUUAUUAUUAUUAUUAAUAAUAUUAUUUUUUUUUUGUUACUUUCUUUUGUAAUGGGACCUGCUGUUGUUGCAUGAUGUCCAAACCUGUAUAUUUUAAAAUGAAAAUGUGAAUCUGCUGUAUUACUGUACACAUUGUAAUUGAUCAAAUAUUUGACGACAGGCUUUUGUUUUUCUUUUUUCUGUGAAUACUACUCCAGGGUGUCUCCAGGUCUGUUUUUUUUUUUUUUUUUAGAAAAGAAAAGCUGAAUAUCACCCUCUCCACUUUGAGAGGAGGAAAAAAAUGCAUGAAGGUUUGAUUUUUGAUUUUGUCUUAAACUUUUACGUUGUUUUUUUUUUUUUUUUUUUGCAUCACAAAGGGGUGGGGUGGGGUGUUUGAACAGUGAAUUUGUUGGUGAAAAGUUUAGUUUUUUUUUUUUUUAUAUACGCUCCAAGUAGGUCUGUCGCUGAGGCUCCUGGAAGAACGAUACUGAGACGUGAUAUGAUGAAGCAUUUUAAGCCUGUCUUUUAUGCACUGAUUUCUCUGCUGUGUGUGUGUGUAUGUGUGUGUGUGUGUGAGUGUGUGUGUGUUUCUGAGCGUAUUGCUCGGUCCGUACCAGUCGAUUGAACCUUCUGAAGCUCUACAUCCACCCAGCACUUCGUCCCCCUGCUCCUCCUCAGGCAUUAAAUGUCCCCACUGCUCUGCGUUCCUCCUCCUUCGUCUUCUUCAGCUCCUGGUCAAGCCAUUUCUUAUUUAUCUCUGCAGAUUUGACCUCUUUUUAUUUUUUAUGGGGUCUGACUGAGCGGCUUUGCCAAGGUGUGAAGGAUACACAGAGGAAGAGGAGGUUAACCCCCCCCCUGCUUUACAGUUGAAGGGUCAGAUAUCUGUUGCUUUAUAAGCUGACGCUGCCGAUCUCAGUGCAGCCGAUCCCAGAAGGCAACUUUCCUUUAAAGGAGACGGAGAGAAUUGGCCUAAAUUAGGGGUCAGCAACCUUUAGAAGCCAAAGAGCCAUCUUUGUCCUCACUGCUCUUCAUCACAAAUUUGCAACAGGCCGCAAAAGCUACACAACCCUUCUAAAAAGUCAUUUUAUGGUUAAAGAAGCGCAAUUGUGUUUCUUCAGGUUUCAGAACAAAGAAAAACGGCAAACCUAUACAAGAAGAGAAUGAAUAGUUUUCCUGAUAGGAAUGUUUCAUAUUUAUAAGGAUAAAAAAUGACAAGGUUUGCUCCCAAAAGGGG